UAGCGGUGUUUUGACACAAAUUGUUGACAUUGCCACUGCUGAAACAUACGGAAUAACAGUGUAUAUACAUUGGCAAGAGCUUCCUAUUUGUUACAUUGAAAUCUUCACCGUUGAUGUAAUAUCGUACAGGAACUAAGUAUUCUAUAAUAUAUUUGUGAUGGAAUUGGAUACCCAUACAACAGAUAUUAUGGAAUCACGACCAGAGUCUCCAGAGGCCGUGAAACUUCUUCUACAGGCUAAGCAACAUCUAUCUCCCAAAGCUAAUGCCUUCUCUAUUGCUUCUAUAUUAGGAGAGACUACCAAGAGACCAUCCGAGUCCCCCUCUCCCCCGAGGGUUCUCGCUACACCUCCUCAAGCCGACACUCCUCCAGGUGAGGUGUGUUCCCCAGGGGAAGAUGAGGGAAGUCGCUCGUGCGGUGCCUGUGGUCUGUCCCCUAAGGUACCCGAAGAUGUGCCUUACACAGGAGAUCUACCGAACACCAAGUGUAAACUGGAAACCAAAGAAUUGUGGGAGAAAUUUCACGAACUUGGUACAGAAAUGAUCAUCACAAAAACUGGAAGGCGUAUGUUUCCUACCUUGAGGGUGUCGUUUACAGGACUAGAAUCAGACGCUCAAUAUGUUGUCAUGAUGGACAUCGUUCCUCUGGACAACAAACGUUACAGAUACGCAUACCAUCGUUCCUCGUGGUUGGUGGCUGGAAAAGCUGACCCACCCCUCCCUACUCGAUUCUCUGUUCAUCCCGAUGGUCCUUUCACCGGUCAACAACUCAUGAAACAGACGCUGUCUUUUGAAAAAAUUAAAUUGACAAACAACAUGCUCGACAAAAAUGGACAGAUGAUUUUGAACUCUAUGCAUAAGUACCAACCACGAAUCCACAUAGUUAAGAAGAAAGCCGACACACCUAAUACAAUCACAAGUCUAGAAGGAGAGGAGUACCGAACGUUCAUCUACUCGGAAACUGUGUUCAUUGGAGUGACUGCCUACCAAAAUCAGCUGAUAACCAAACUGAAAAUCGACAGUAACCCAUUUGCCAAAGGAUUCAGAGAUUCUAGUCGACUUACAGAUAUUGAAAGAGAGACCAUGGAGAGCCUGAUGCAGGGUCACAAUUACAUGCGGUCACCAUUACCUAUGCCAGGAGCGGAGGAGAGUUAUAAGUACAGGGAGGCAAUGUUAGCUAGAGAAUCAGCCUAUCCCAUGGGAUUACUGCAAAGUGCCGGUGCUAUUCAGUCAAUAUUUCCCGCCGGAUUUUCUCCGUACGGUGGAAUUAUGUCACUUCCGCAAAGCCCAACAGCAGAACAAGCACUACUUUUACGAAACCACCUGUACAAAACGACUAUGCAGACAUCGCCAACCAUGGCCAAUGUAUACCCUAGUCAAUACUUGAGAUAUCACCCAUACACGAACUUUGCUAAGUCACGGCACAGCGACUCAGCUUUAUGAACCAAAUGUGAUUGACUCUUUUGUUUAUCGUUUAUAUUUGUCUUUCAUCACGAAGCAUUGGAUCUUGCCUAUCAUUUGACCGAUUUGUUUUAUGGAAUUUCAGUUUUGCAUUUUAAGUUAGUUAGACUUUGGAGAACAUAGAAAAUGAUGAUUCGUCUAUUUAUUAAUUAUGAAAUAGUAAUAUCCCGGUUUAAAAAUGAUUUAAUGAUGUUUUUUUCAUUAAACUCCUCUGGUUAUACCUUUUCAUGAAUUUUAAUCAUCAUAUUAAGGAGUAUAACAUACCAAAGCUGAUAUUAACAUCAAAUGGCAGGUCAUUUACUCGUACAGAUGAUUAUAUCAGGUGCUAUUUAAUACAUAUGAACUUGGAACUUUAAUUUUAUUUGCAAACAUUUAGUUAUAUUAUGAAAAUUCUAGUUCCUGGUUAAGUUGUUAUUGUUGUAAUAUAUCAUUUAUUGUUGUGAUUUUUUUCAAUAUGAUAUUUCGAAUUGUAAGUUCUUAAAAUGUAGAUAUUGAU